UUUCAGGUGUGACAGCUCCGCAUGGCCUGCCGUCGUCCCAUCAGUGCCAGCAGGAGCAGCAGCAGCGGGAGCAGCCCAGAACUUGGAGGCGUCUGCGGCGUCCGUGGCAAUCGCAGCAGCGCCAGCGGCACAAUGGUGAAGACCUUCCAGGCGUAUCUGCCUCCCCAGUGUCACCGCACCUACUCCUGUAUACACUGCCGAGCGCAUCUAGCCAAUCACGACGAACUUAUCUCAAAGUCAUUCCAAGGAAGCCAAGGUCGAGCCUAUUUAUUUAAUUCAGUGGUAAAUGUUGGCUGUGGGCCAGCAGAGGAAAGAGUUUUGUUGACUGGUCUCCAUGCAGUUGCCGAUAUAUACUGUGAAUGUUGCAAAACAACACUCGGUUGGAAAUACGAACACGCGUUCGAGUCCAGUCAAAAAUACAAAGAGGGCAAAUUCAUCAUCGAACUAGCGCACAUGAUAAAGGAAAACGGUUGGGAUUGACAGUAUUGAAACGUCCUAUCCUCAGAAUGGACAGGAUGACAGUGCCGCGUUGCCAGUGUUCACGGAACCAUAGGCAGAUCCUCUGCUAUAGACUACGUAAUCAGAAUUUUUGUUUUCUAGACUGGACCUAGGAAGUGUUUCGUAAUUCGGGUGUGAUUCCGUUAGGAACUGAUAGCAGAAGGGCCCAGCCCCUAAGGGGUUUUCGACGUUAUGCCGGGUGGCAGCCUAGUUGAUAUAAGGAUGAUGCGAUAUGCGAUUUUCAAUUGUCUGUCAUUCGGAUGAGAAUUAACAAUGUAUUCACAAUGUGAAAGUGAUGGUUUGGAAGACUUAUGAUAGCUAAAUUAUUGAGAAGAAUCAGUAUCAGCAGUGCGUUUAACAAAAUUUUUGUAUCAGGUGGAAAAUUUGGAUGUGAAUAUCGAUAUUGAAGAUAAUAGUGAUGAGGAAGUCGUUUACAAGAAGGAAAUGUCUGCACACAUUUUUUAUAUGAUAAAAUUGGGACCUAAAAUCACUUAUGUUGCCGCCCGGUGUCCUCGACGGAAAAGUCGACCCAACCCUCCACAUUGGUGUUCUAAAAUCCGUGGGACCUCAUACUCGUUCCACGGUCAGUGAGUGUGAACAAACUGUGUUACGAUUCAAAUCUGCUUUUUAGACGCUCUUCUUCUACUGACUUAUCUGUCUUCAUAUUCUCCAUUCUUCAAGUGUUUUAGACUCGCAAACGUCAAUUUUCGGCAAUAUGUUUUGACCAUUUUUAUUCGAUUCUUUUGUUUAAAAUUUAUAUUUUUUAGCUAUUUUCUUCCGACGUACGUGACACUGUUUUUAGAAAACUAAUGUUAUAGCAAAAUAUUUGCCAUUUACAGGGGUCAACAAAAUAUUGACACACUAUUUUUUCCUUGAAUAUAAUUAAAAUGUUAAGUUUAUGACACUUAAUUUAUUUGAAAUGUAACAUCAAAAAAGUUAUUUUUGACAAUAGAUAAAGCAAAUUAAAGAUAAUGUAAGAAUAAUUUCAUAAUUCCUGUUAAAAAUGAAUUUGCCCCAUCUAGUGCCAUCAAAACUUACUGUUUGGAUGUUAGUAUUCAAAUAAGUGUAGUGUCAUUUUUUCAUUAUUGAAGCUCAAGAAAAAAAUUAAGUGCGCCGAUACUUUUUGUCCCACUGUAAUUCAGAUUACCAGUUGGUAUUUUUCAUACUUGUUUUAUUUCGAAUUUAAACCUCUGGACUGCUGAAAGUUAUACUUGCGCGACUAUCUCAUAGAAAAAGCGAUAUUAUAAUGCUCUAUCCAAUCGAAAUUUCUCUACUCUUAACAUUUUAGGGAACAAUGUGCAAUGCUCGCUGUGAGAAUCGGCAUUUGAUUGCAGAAAUAUGUCAAAAAUUAAUUUUGUAACUUAGUACACCACCACCAGCUUUGUUGAGAUUUUAAGGAUUAACAAUGGCGCACAAUUUAGAGCUUAACUUGUGAAAAUCACAGAUUUUAACCUGCUUUCAGUUAUUAUUACUAUUCAAGUUACAUUUUAAAAAAUAUGACUUGAAUACUUGUUUCCAUAGUACAUAUGUAAGCUGGUAUCUACAGACUCCACUUUCAAUUAGUAUUUUUUCUUGGGAUCUUUUGUCACAGUUUUCGUUGUAUCUGCUGGCGACUUCUAGGUUUUCAAGUUGGAUUGACGUUUGAGCUACUUCAGAGGGUUGGGUAUCCUUCAAAAAUUAUUCAGACAAACAUGUUUGCCGUAAAUAAAAAAAAACACCGCAAACACAUUUUUAUUUGGUGAUUGUUAUCAUCAUUUUAUCAGAAACAGUGAUUUAGCUUUUACUUUUUACGUCGAGAACAUUUUAAUGAUAAGUCAAGACAUUAACAUUAUUUUAGAGUUUGUCAGCUGCACUUAUUUCACAUUUUCCUUGAUAUUGACUGAUUUUAAUUCGUCAGAUUUAAUAAAUUCCAUCGAAAAGACUGUGUAUAUGGUUGUUCGGAGAUAGGGUUGCCGAUUGUAAUGCAACUGGUUCCCAAAGUAAUAAAGCAGAAAAAGUAGGUAUAAUAGUUUGAUAAAUAUUAUAGAAAUAAUCCUAAAUGACUGAAAGAUCUUGAUUCAGAAACGCCUAGCUGGUACGUAUAGCAGAUGUAUAAAACUUAAAUGUGAAUUUUCAUUUCGUUAUUGAAUAUUUCAAACAUCAAAUGACAAAAUCCAGGAAGCAAUUCUUUGAAACUUUUACGUUUAUAAUUAUCCUGUAUAAUAACAAUGACUAACGUAUUCUACCUGAAGAUAGUCAACCUGUCGAAAAAGUUAUGAAACAUAAAAUGAGAUACCAUGACGUCAUCUAUGAGAAAGCUUCUUAUCUCCGCAAUAAUUGGAAGCGUACCUUGAAAAGCUUAGAGUCUUAUAGAUGGCGCUCUAUCCAACUAAAUGAUCGUAUAAGCUCAUAUAUUUGGUCACAGUGCCAUCCAUCUAUCAGACAAUAACGUUUUCAAAAUAUAUUUCUAAUUACUGCGAAUAGGGAAACGUAGCUGAAACAAAUUCUCAUAGAUGACUCCAUGGUAUCUCAUUAAGUUGUGUAUAUAAUUUGUAGUCAAAAAUCGAGGCGCGGUUAAACCUAACAGAAGCGAAAUCUCCGAGUACUGAAACACAUGUUGCGCCUCUGGUACUUAUAGGAGCUAGUUAUAUUUGCCAGUGACGAUAAAUACAGUUGGUCACUAUAUGAUUUCAAAACAAAUGAUAAAAUUGUUUUUAUAACGUUAUGAAAUAGAAAUAUGCACAUGAGCUCAUUUCAAAGAAGUAUGGAGGGCACAUGAGUUUACAUGUCUCAGAUAAAUUCUAGCAGUGGCAGUAGAAGGAUAUGAGAUAACGCUAACGUAAUGCAAUGUAUAAGUAUAUUGUAGAGAGUGAGCCAGAAUACAUAACUGGUCGUCUCUCUAUAUCUCGAUUUAUGGUGUUGUGGUUUCAAUUACCAAACAGAACGAACUAUUUUUGUAUUGAUUUUUGAUUAACGUAGUUCAAUAAAACGUACUUAGGUUAGCCAAAAUAUAAGCAAGUCCAAAACGCUAGACUAUGCCGAACUUUUACCAAUACCGUCAACGCUCUGCGAUCUGAACAGUUAUUCCUUUAGUUUGACCGCGCAUCGGACUUUGCCUAAUACAUAGCUAUAUGAAACUGUAAAUAAAUUGGUUGGAAGUUUGAAUAAUUUGUAAAAAACUAGUUCAAAGGAGGGUUAUGCCGAUUCUGCACUGCAAGCUCUUCAUAAAGCGUUCUGUGUUAGCCAAUUCACCUGUGUCUGUGUUAAUGAAUCUGUGAACGGAUCUGUGGGUACUGCAAAUGUAGUAGUAUCCCUGUCAAAUUACUGUUUAAAAAGACUAUAUGUAUUGCAGCGAUCAACAGUGUGUUAUUUUUCAUGAUUGUACCAUAUAAUGUUCGUAUGCAAUUGUUUAAGGCAUGCAUGUUAUUUGGGUGGUCGAGGUAUCGCUGUUUCUUUGGCUUUCAUUUAGAUCCAGAAAAGAGAAUUUGUAAACUGAAAAUCUGAUGGCAUAUUAGGAAAAAAUAGCUGCCAGUCACGCAGCUUGAUGAAUUUUGGGAGGUAACUUUUUUACUCACUUUUUAGAGAUUUUCACCAAGAAAAUGCCUCCUUUUUCUAAUAGCGGUCGACAAAAAGUGAGCAAGUGAAAAGACAGAAUAAUCUCUCGGGUCACCGAGAUAAGAUGCUUGGAAUUAUUUAGCUCUAAAUUAAGUGAUGCCAUAGAGCAAGGAUGUUUCCAAAUCGUCUAAAGAGUCUUGCACGACAUUAUUGGUGACAUUAUUUCGAAAACGAUGACAUUUACGGAACCUUGAACUGGUGUCACGAAUAUUGUAUCGCACAAAACUACAUCCUCAAUUUUUCCAAAAUCAACUUCUUGCAAAAGAGUUUAUUUUCCUGCCUGCCAAUGUUACUUGGAUUUAGAAAUGAGUGAGCUCGAAACAGAGAUACUUUGACUCGUACGGUUUUCGAGUAUAAAAGUGUUUUUUUAUUAUUUGGAUUAUUUGCAAUAGUAUGGUUUAAGAGGAUCGAUGUAUGAUCUCGAGUAUGAUUUGUAUUCUUUUGGUAGCAGUAAUACAGCUUCUCCCAUUCAUAACUGAAUACCAAUUUAUCAUUACUGUCGUAAAUAUUUGAAAGUUGGAGGAGUUGCAAAGCUUUACUGCAACCAUAGAAACUUUUCUUAGGUUUAGUUCAUAUCUAUUUUUUAUCAGUUUUAUGAUAGAAAUCAGUUGAUUCAAAUGAAAUAGUUGUUAUGUGAUCCAGUAAUUGGUAUAUUAGUGCAAAAACUAUGUUUCGAAAGUAAUUUUUUAUUGUUUGCAGGAUACUUCAGAAAUAAGUGCGCUUGUGUAAUGUUACGAUAUUUAAAUUGACAAAAUUGUCUGCGUAUCAUUUCUCAGCAAAUAUAUCAUAAGUCAAUUUACUGGUGAUUUUUCUGUAUUUAUAUGAUUUCUCAUACACCCUUUCGUACCAAUAUACAGGGUGCCCCAUUUUAAGCCCCCCACCUAAAUAUGUCGAAAUAGAAAAAAGUUCCAAACGAAAGUUGCAAGGUUUCGAGGGCGUAAAAUGACGGUUACCUGGACAAUGGCCUUGACUACAACAUUCGAGGUCAAGCGAAUAUUUUCAAAUAGAACUCUCCCGUUUUCUUCGAAAAGAGUAGCAAAUUUUACGUUCGACAUCAUUUCGAGGUCAAAUCAAGACAUUGAAAACAAUUUGCUCUAGCAAAAAUGUUCUACAGCACAGUUCUGAGGUUUUUGUCGAUCACUCUAAGGCGAGUUUAACCGCGACCUUCAAGGUCAAGUAAAAAUUUCCAAAGGAAGCCUCUCAUUUUUAUACUGGAAAUUGAAAAGGCAGGCUAGUUUACGUCCGAAUGGCUUUGAUCUCAAAUUUGAUCAAACCUUGACUUUAAGGUCAAAAUUUCCCGCUUUUUCCAUUUCCAUUAUAAAGCUGAGUUUUUUUUUUGGAAACUUCGACUUGACCUUUAAGGUGAAGGUCUUGGCCAAGGUUACAUUUGGGUGAUCAUCACAACUGAGCUGUCAAACAUUUUUGCUAGAGCAAAUUGUUUUCAAUGUCUUGAUUUGACCUCGAGAUGGUUCAGGUGAUUGAUGUUGAGACGUAAAAUUUGCGUCUUUUUUAAUUUCCGAUGAGAAAAGGAGAGGUUCCAUUUGAAAAUAAUCGCUUGACCUUGAACUUCGUAGUCAAUGUCAUUGUCAAGGUUACCGUGAUUUUCCCACUCGAAAUCCUACAACUUUCGUUUAAAACCUUUUUUCUAGAAUGUUCGUUUUUCGACAUAUUUAGGUAUGGAGAUUAAAAUGGGACUCCGUGUGUGAUAGAAGUUCUGUAUCCAUCCAUAACAAUAAACCUUUUUUUUUGUUACUAAUGACGAUUUAAUAUGCUUUGCCCAUAUUUGAAGUGAAUUUAAAUUGCGUAGCAUCACGCAAUUUUGCCUUUAGUGAACAAAAUCAAUAUUAUCGUAAGCUGCUUACUUCUCAGACGUGGGUUGCAUUUUAAAUUUAUUAUAAAAUUAUCAUGUGCAAGAGGUGUAGUUACUAUAUCCAACAUACCUGAUAACGCACCUUCUUGAACAUAUAAUCUAUAACCGCAUGUGUUUUCUAUUAUCGAUAAUAAUAAUAAUAAUAUUGAUCUUGAUCAUAAGACUCAUUUAACCCAUAGAUAUUUGCUUCAAGGUACGUGCCAGAGAUUAUACGUUUUUUAAUAGUCCUCAGUAUGCAUCUUGAAGAAUUGACCUAUAACUAUAUGCAUAACAAAUAAUUUAUGUGUAAUGUCUCUGUAUCACAUAUUUUUGUAUUUACACGUAUAUAUCAAAGUAUGUAACCAAUUAAAUGUCUAAAAUUAAGGACUAGCUGUUAAACUAUGUUCUUUUUUCAGUUCUAGUUGUAGUUCAGGUAAGAUUCGUCAGUUAGUGCACAAAAUUUUGGAAAAAAUGACGCCUCGCUUUUACAAAACAAGAUAGUUUUUCCGAUGUUUUGGUUCCAAACAAAAGAAAAUAAAGUGCAAUUCGAAAAUCUCGCCCAUCCUUUAACACACUUUUAUUAGCUUGACCUGUUACAUACAUAACGGAAUCUUUCAACCUAAUUUUCACCAAUUUCAAGAAGUCUGAUUAAGUUGAAAAUUUGCACUUGAAGAUUUGGAAAUUAAAAAAAAAUGGAAAUUUCGAAAUUUGAUAAAAUUUGGAAAUAAAUUUAGAUUUAUUGUCAAAUAUAAAAUAUACCAAAAGUCCAAGCUCUUGAUUAUAAGUACUUUUGUUGUCGUUUUGAGACAACAUUGAGAAGACAAAUUAUACAAAGUUUAAAAAAAAACUAAAAAAAAACACGAUUCAAUAGCAAGUCGAUCGAAAAAGUAGAAAAUAAUUUUCAACUAUAGGAGAUUUUGGGUUACUGCAAUAGAAAGUCCAGUAAUUAAGUACGACUAAUGAAUUUGGAAUACGAUCAAUAUAGUGCUUGAUAUUAAAUUAUUUUUUAGUUGCUAUUUACAAACAUAUUAUUACGAAAACAUAGUUAAUUUCACCCCACGCUUUUUUACUAUAAAUGAUUUUUUUUUUGUUAAUACAGACCUUAAUUUUUUAUUAAUCUUAUUUCAAAUGAAUCAGUCAUACUUGAUUGUUGAAUUUUCUAUUGUAGUAACGCAAACUCUCCAAUACUUGAAAAUUAUUGUCUACUUUACUUUAUUACCUUAAAUAAACCCCGCCAUUGCAGUUUGUUGUAUAAAGGAAACGAGUGUUAUACUACUGAAAUUUUGUCCGCUAAUCGUAUCUUAUACUGAGUUAUAAGUGAUGUGCUUUGCAACAAAGCACUGUCAUUUAACUAGAUGUACGCUAUUUUAUGUUUGUGAUAGAUUUAUUUGUGAUAUGAUUUUUAUUUUUGAAAAUUGUAUGCACCUGCAGUAACUUUCCCAAGUCAAUUUCACGCUUUAUUUUGGAAAUGCAAAUAAAAAACACUGUACAAAAUAAUCUUGUAAAUUAUAUAUUUCGAAAAUAGCUUCAAAAUUAUAUUUUUCUACCUGGAAUUGCAUGCUGUGUUGGACUGGGAAAGUGCGCUAAGCAUACAUUUCCAAUUUUGUUCUGUUGUACCGUUUUAAACUAAUCCACUUUUAAACUAUGAAAACCAAGCUAUAGUGGUUAAGAUCACGCGAAAUAUCACACGAUUUCAUUCAUACUGCCAGUAGGACUUAGAUAUGUGUCAUAAUAAUUGUCAUUGCUGAAGAAGUACUAACAGUGACCGAUAAAUAAAUACUUUCUGGUAUAAAAAAUAUACAUUUGGAGUAUUAAAAUUCCAAGAUUCCAGAUACGGUGAGUUUUUAGUAUGGGUUCGGUCUGAAAACUCAGUUAUUUAAAAAAGUUAGUCGCGAAAACUGUAGCCAACAGUAUGCUCCUUACUUAGAAAAUAUACAAACAAUUUUUUGAAUGUAAAACCAACAUUUUGCAUACUUAAAUAGGCUUUCAAAUGCACCAAUUUGAUAUAUUAUAGGUUUUUAUUUUCAAAUUGUUGAGAUAUUCAACAGUAGAAGAAAAAACUCAACUACGCCAACUCGCACAUCCUCAAAUUUAGAGCACUGAAUUUUUUGACUGAACAAUUUUUUUCGAUAUUAUAUUCUUACCUGCUUACUUUUUACAGUUUUCUACAUAGUUUAUAAAGGGUGGUCAAAAACGCGAAAUGAAUUAUUUCUCAAAAUUUUCAAAUAGACCCUGAGAUAUACUGGAAAUCAAAUUAUAUGUAGAUACAUUCUUUAAUUUCCCUUUUCACAACCUUUUGUCUGAUAUAAAGCUUAUAGGGGUUUGUAUUACUUGUUUUUGAGUUAUAGCUAACUUUUUUCUUAAACAGAUGACUAGGUAAAUGAAAAAUGUUACAAGCCCUUCAAAAUAGAAAAUAACAUUUGGUUGGUAACGGCAGAUCAUUAGAAUUGGUGUAUUUUAUUAUAAAUGAAAUCUAUCCAACUUCAUACAAUAAAGUCGAAAGUUCAAGUUGUCCUGUGUUUUCAGUAACUCAAAAAGCAGUCUUACAAACUCUCAUAAAUCUUACAUUGCUUCGUUUGGGCCUAUCCAAAUCUGCAAUAAAAUGCAGAUCUUUUCAUUUGAAAAAAUGUAUAUUUGGGUCACCACGUAGUCAUAAAUUAUCCUGUAGAGAUAAAAAUACUUUCCAAGAAAAGUAGAUACUGUCGGCUAAAACUUUUGUAUUCAACCUUUUAAAUGCCACGCAAAAUAUCGGAGUUAUCAACCUAGCCCACACUGAAGAGUCGCCCUGACUUAUUUUUAAUGUCUUGAUGGUUAUUAUUAUUUCUACAAACCUAAUAAGGUUCUAUUUCUGCGCUGGAAGUUAACUGGCAGUUGGUUAAAAUUAAAUACCAUCAAAAAACAAACCUGAUAUUGAUAAACACUUUAUGAAUUAACUUCCAGUUAACAGCAGGGUCAUAGAUGUCAUUGAAAAACCGGACAGAAGAUACCAUUCUUUAGUCUUGAAUAUUUUUUUGGUUAUUUUUCGGUUUAUGUUUGUACUAUUAGUACAGAGCAGGCGGAAACGUUCAGCCAAACAGUUAUGUUAAUUCUUAUAUUAUCCAUUAUUAAGUGUACGUCGUAAGAUGGGCAUGUUUGGGGUUGGUUAUUUUUUGCUUACUCUGUAUCACAUCAUCAUAUUCUAACAUAUUUUGUAAUUAUUUCAUUUUUAGGUUCAGUUAGGGCCAUAGUUGACAUCCGUUGGAUAGUAUUUAUCUCAAUAUGAGUAAGACAUUUUUGUUUCUGUAAUUCGUAAGGAAUUUACAUAAAUAAAUACGUAUAAAAUA